UGCCCGGGGGACUAUGUGCUCUCGGUGUCCGAGAACUCCCGGGUUUCCCACUACAUCAUUAACUCCUUGCCUAACCGCCGGUUUAAGAUCGGCGACCAGGAGUUUGAGCACCUGCCUGCCCUGCUGGAGUUUUACAAGAUCCACUACCUGGACACCACCACCCUCAUCGAGCCUGCGCCCAGGUAUCCAAGUCCACCAAUGGGAUCUGGAUCUGCCCCUGCUAUGUCCACUGCAGAAGAAAAUGUGGAGUAUGUUCGGACUCUCUAUGACUUUCCUGGCAAUGAUGCUGAGGAUCUUCCAUUUAAAAAGGGUGAGAUACUGGUAAUUGUAGAGAAGCCAGAAGAACAGUGGUGGAGCGCCAGAAACAAGGAUGGUCGGAUUGGGAUGAUUCCUGUUCCUUAUGUAGAAAAGCUAGUCAGAUCUUCUCAUGCAAAGCACGGAAACAGGAAUUCCAACAGUUAUGGUAUUCCAGAACCUGCCCAUGCUUAUGCUCAGCCUCAGACCGCAAGUCCCCUUCCUUCAGUACCCAGUACACCUGGAGCAGUGAUCAAUCCCCUGCCAUUAACACAGAAUGGACCAGUCUAUGCCAAAGCUAUCCAAAAGAGAGUACCAUGUGCUUAUGACAAGACUGCACUGGCAUUAGAGGUUGGAGACAUUGUGAAGGUUACACGGAUGAACAUAAAUGGUCAGUGGGAAGGAGAAGUCAAUGGUCGAAAAGGGCUCUUCCCAUUCACGCAUGUCAAAAUAUUUGACCCUCAAAACCCCGAGGAGAACGAAUGAGUCCCUCUGCCCCAUUUACACUGCUGCUUCAUUUCCUGGCUAUCAUUAGCAUUGUUUGAGGUGGGAUGAUGACUUAAUGGCACAUUGCUAGCAUUGCCCGUUUUCCAGCUUGCUGCAGUCUGACGGUUCUUUUAAUAUACAUUUGGAAUCCAUACAACUGAAGUCACUGCUGACCUUCAUACCAUAGUUGUGUCAUCCAGAAUUUAAUUUAACUUUUAAAACUCUGUUGGGCCUUAAGCUGGGCAAGACUGAACUAGUAUAUAGCAGAGAAGAAUGGGAAGGAAACUUUUCCUGCUAAGACUUCCAUAGACUUUUUCUGGAUUGCUUAUUAGGAAGAGCCCUAACCUUAGAUCAAACAUACAACUUGUGUGUUACUGUCCAACAAAAAGCAACAAUGAAAAUGCAAUUUUAGGACUGAAGAAGACUUAGUUGUAAGAGAACCUGUCCUAAGGUAGUACAUUUUAAAUGAUGGUCUCUUUAAAGGACAAUAAUUGAAGCUUAUGUAUUCUAAGCAGUUGUAUUAGAAGCUGCUCUUUUCUGUUAACUCUUAAGCUUGUUGUUGACCUUCCUGAAACAGUGUGUGUUAAAUGCAAAUAACCAUUGAUUGA